ACCAGCAGCCACACCAGAGAAGAAAAUAUGCACAAGAUCAUCAGAAUUUGAUAUUUGGGCUAAAACAAGGCACUUGGUCCAGAGAUGUUUAAGCUGUGCAGAGUUUUCUUUGUGUGCAUACUGCUGGUUCAGUCUCAUUUCAUUAACUGUGUGGGGGUCCCUCGGAAACAUGGUGCAGUUCUCCGGAUAUCCAAAAAAGCAUUUGAUAAUGCUGUUUCAGAACAAAUGAAAGGAAGCAGUCCACAGAACAGUGGGCAACCGGCUGGAGGUGGUGGCCUCCUUGGAGGUCUGCUUGGGGGAUUGCUUGGUGGUGGUGGGGGCCUUCUUGGUGGUAUUUUGGGUGAUGGUAAAGGAGGAGGUCUUUUAGGAGGCUUGCUUGGUGGGCUUCUUGGUGGUGGAGGAGGUUCUGGACUUCUUGGAGGACUUCUUGGUGGUGGAGGAGGUUCUGGACUUCUUGGAGGACUUCUUGGUAGUGGAGGACUUCUUGGAGGGCUACUCGGGGGUGGAGGUGGUGGAGGAAAUAUUCCUAGUAGCACAGGUAUUGAUCCAAAUGUAGGUCUUGUUGCAAAUGGUGGUGGUGCAGCAAGCGGGGGUGGGCUGCUUGGUGGACUCCUUGGAGGUCUUCUUGGGGGUGGAGGCAAUGGAGGCCAUUCUGGAGGAUUACUAGGCAACUUACUCGGAGGAGGUGGUCUGCUUGGAAUACUUGGUAAUGGAGGCCUCCUUAACACAGUGCAAGUAAUAACAGGCCUUCGGAUUGUAGAUCUGACUCUUCCAAAAGUUUCCCUGAAGCUUCUUCCAGGAAUUGGUGUCCAUCUUAACGUGUACACAAAGGUGGCACUUGAGGGUAACAGCCUUUUAGGAUUUCUUGAUAUUUUGGUGGAAGUAAACAUCACAGCGAGGGCCAGGCUUACCCAAGAGGCAUCAGGGGUGCCAAGACUUGUCAUCGAUGAUUGUGAAAUGCUUCUAGGAGGAAUAAAUGUCCGACUGUUAAGGGGAUUGCUAUCAGGAAUCUUGGAUGGCCUGGUUGGUAACCUGCUUCGGCAUAUCUUACCUGGAUUGCUGUGUCCAGUUCUAAAUGUUGUCCUCGAUCUUGUGAAUGGGCUUCUCCUCACUGUCAACUCCGUAUGUCCUCUUGGUAUAAUUGGCAGCAUCCAAUAUACGGUCUCAAGUCUUCCCAUAGUGACUGGGCAGUUCAUUGAGCUGGAUUUAAAUACACUGGUACACCUGCUUGGUGGAGGCCUCAUUGAUUAUCCUACAGGUUACUCAGAACCAGUGGCCUUACCACCCAUGAUGGAAGCAACUGAAUCCCAGCUUGGCCUCUCUGCUAAUUUCCUUGGCAGUGUCUUAACUGCUCUCCAAAAAGAGGGUCUAAUGGAUAUUGACAUAGCAAAUGGAGAUGUCCCUGGAAUUCCACCACUUACAACAUCAAUCCUGAGUGGUAUAAUACCUAAGGUAGCUGCAAUGUAUACAGAAGAAAGACCUCUGAUCAUCAAGAUAACUGUCCCUGGAGCUCCUGUGGUCUCACUGCAGAUGAAACAAGGAGCAGUAACAUUGUUUGUUAAUGCGGAAAUAUUUGUAGCUAAUUCCAAUUCUGCAUUGCAUUCUCUCUGUGUCCUUGGGGCUGAUGUGCAUUUAAAUGCCCAGUUCUCUGUAUCGGAGGACAAUCUGAAGAUAUCAUUGUCUGUGGACAGCAUCCAUCUUUCAUUAGUAUCAUCCACGGUUGGCCGCUUUGAGGUUUCUCCAUUAGAGGGCCUCGUUGGUAACAUUGUCAGCUUCGCCUUCUUGCCUGCAUUAAACCUUGUUGUAGGACAUGGUUUCCCUCUGCCGAAGCUGAUGGACAUAAACUUAAAUGAUGCAAAUAUAGACAUUUUGGAUAACUUGUUGGUGUUGUCGAAAUAAUUGUCUAAAUAAUACCAGACGAUCCUGUGUUGGAUUCCACACCAGCAUUGCAGGAGGGAGGUGGGAACUGGCACCGAUCCUGAAGAUAAAUAGGAAAAAAUAAAAUACUGAGUGGUCUGUAUUUUGGGAUUGUAAAAUUAUUGUUUUAGCAAUCUGAUGUUUAAAUGUCCUUGUGAUAAUUUAACAACAUUAUAAUAAAAAUAUGUGCUAGUCGUUGGACCUAA